CCAACCUUCUACUUUUUGUUAAUCUAAAUCUAAAGAUCUAUGAUCAUCUAUAAUCAGCCGAAAUUAUCAAACAAAACUUGAAACCGAGUUAUAGAGAAUUCAGAAGAAAGAAGAAAAUAAAAAAGAUAUGGCAGAAGCUGUUGUUUCCUGUGUGAUUGAAAGACUUGGAGACUUGCUAAUCGAUGAAGCCAAAUUCUUGUGGGGAGUCAAAGGCCAAAUCGAGAAUGCACAGAGCAAGCUGCAAUGUAUGAGCGCUUUCUUACAAGACGCAGAUGCUUUUGUAAGAAAUGGUGAUAGGAGAGUACGUCUUUUGGUUGUCAAAGUCAGAGAUACUUCUUAUGACUUGGAGGAUGUUAUUGAAACUUAUGUCUUCAAAGUGGCUCUGAAGAAGAACGAAGGUGUGGUGAGUAAACUGAAAAGAUAUGUUUGCAUCUCCAAGAAAGGAAUUGAUGUCCAUGGAGUUGGAUCAAAGAUAGAGGAGAUCUCAUCUAACAUUGAUACUUGGACUUCAGAAUUACAAAAGUAUGGAGUACAUGAGUCAAUGGUUAUGGCAGCUGGAACAUCUUCAAACCAAGUUCGUGAGCAAAGACGACGGGCUUAUUCUCAUGUUGUGGAGAAUGAUGUUGUUGGAUUUGAGAAAGACAUCAAAGAAUUGGUAGCCCAUUUGACUGGGAAAGAGAAUCCUCAAAAUCCUAGGGUGAUCUCUGUAUGUGGGAUGGGUGGCUUGGGGAAGACUACCCUAGCCAGAAAGGUUUAUCAUCAUCCUCAAGUCAGGAGUCACUUUGAUUGUUUUGCUUGGGCCUCGAUAUCUCAGCAGUGUAAUAGACGCAACGCCUGGGAAGAAAUCUUAUUUGGUUUCACUUCUCCCACCAAGGAAAGAAGAGAAGAAAUCAAAAUUCUCAGUGAUGGUGAAUUAGCGGAAGAGCUCUACAACUUUCAGAAAGAGAAGAAAUGUUUGGUGCUCCUCGACGAUAUAUGGUCCACUGACACAUGGGAUCUUCUAAAAGAUGCAUUCCCUCGAGGUGACAUUGAUAGCAAGAUUUUACUCACUACUCGAAUGAUGAAUAUAGGUCCUUAUGCGGAUCAACAUUGCUACAUCCAUAAACCUACGUGUCUCGAUGAGAAUCAAAGCUGGGAGCUGUUUCAGAACAAAUCUUCAUAUUUUGGAAAGGAUCAAACAAACAUAAAAGAUGCGGAAAGAAUGGAAGCAAUAGGGCGAGAGAUGCUUAAAGAAUGCUCUGGUUUGCCAUUAGCUAUCAUUGUGCUCGGAGGGCUUCUUUCUACGAAACACUCAGUUGAUGAAUGGGAGGAGAUGAAAAGAAAUGUGGUGAGAUACAUAAGUAAAGGCAGAGAGCAUGGUGACUCGGAAUGCCAUGGUGUUUCAUGGGUGUUAGGUUUGAGUUACGAUGAGUUGCCAUUUUACUUAAAGCCUUGUUUUCUAUACUUGGCUCGUUAUCCUGAAGACGUCAUCAUAGAAGUAAAAGAAUUAUGUCUUAUGCUCAUGGCAGAAGGUUUUAUAUCGCCAAAAAGACAUUCAGCGGAAACUAUCGAAGAUGUAGCAUAUGAUUACUUAAGUGAGUUGGUGGAGAGGAGCAUGGUUCAAGUAGAAAAUUGGGGUUUAAGAGGAAAAAUGAAAACAUUUCGCAUUCAUGAUCUUAUGCGAGACUUGUGUGUGUCUAAAGCUCAAGAUGAGAAUUUUCUACAUCUUAUUGAAUUGAGGAAUCAGUUGGAAGAGCCACCAAAACCUGUAUCUACCGUAGCAAGGAGAGUUUCCAUUUAUUUUCAUGGUUUUUCUCAUGAUAAUUUUUUUAGUUUUGUUGAUAGCAAAAAUAGCUCUGUUAGGUGCCUUACUGUAGAUGGGGGAGGUACCACACAACAAGUAUUGAGACGUGGGUUUAAUAGGUUUUUAAUGCUUAGAGUUUUAAAUCUAAGUUUCCUGAUCAAUAUUGAUUUGAAGUUGCCUGAAGAAAUUGGAAAGCUUAUUCACCUAAGGUUGUUGAGUAUUAGUGCCGAGGUGGAAAAGAUCCCAUCUUCUAUUGGUAAUUUGAGAUACCUGCAGACUUUAAAGUUAAGACUGGAGAGCGAUGAUAGAGUACCAGAUGUAAUCUGGAAGUUAGAACAACUUAGACAUUUACACUUGUCCAUGGGGUUUGGUCAACCGGCGUUCAAGUUGAGGUUACCUAACAUUAGAAAUUUACAAACAUUGAAAGGAUUUUCAACUGAGUGCUUUUAUUGGAAUGAUUUUCUACAGUUGAGGAAUCUCAAGAAAUUAAGGAUUUCUCUGGGUGAAAAUUUGGAGAAUAUUUACCACGAUCCCCCAACCGUCACAUUUGAUUGUCUUCGGCAUUUACAACUGCUAUGGCAUUGCCUCCUCUAUUCAACUGCUAUACACUGUCGGAAAUCGUUGACUCAUUAGGACUGAAAGAUUCCUGUAAAAAAAAACUGGGUGGACUUGCUGGAUUUCUUCCUUGUUGGAGGUGAAAUAUAUUGGCAAUCUUUCAACAGAGACAGUGACUAUUUCAAACUUUAGUUAUGUGUGUUCUAUGAGCCCUAUAUAUCAUAAUUUACAUGUCUGCGGAAUGGUACGAGCCAGGUUGCUGUCUGGAGUGACCUCUUCAUGGAAGUGUGGCUAUUGUCGAAGCUCUUGUACGACGAUUGCACAAGUUUGGUGGACAACUUUCUCUAAGCACAAACAAGGACUUUCGAAUUCAUCAUAUAGUCUGAAAUGAUUGGGAAAAAGGAGUUGAUGCUGAUCAAAAUGUAGUUCAAAUAUCUGUACCAAGUGUACAUAGUCCUGGUCUUGUGCCACCUCAGAAACAUGUAUUACAUGCUUAUCUGCCAGGGACUGAACCUUAUGAACUAUGGAAAGGACUUGAUCAUCUAAUAUCUGAAAGAUCAGAGGUUAUGUUGAGAGCAGUGGAAGGUGCAAUUGGUCCCGGGUUCAGCAGGGACAAGCGUGAAGUGAAGUUUGUUGGAUCCCCAUUGACACACGAAGAAUUUCUUAGGAGUAACAGAGGAAGAUAUGGGCUAGCCAUAGAAGCUGAAACUGGCAGCUUUCCCUGACAUAGGAGUCCCUGCAGUGGCUGCCAGAGGAGCCACAACUCUCGCAACUCCUUUUAUAUGCUUUCUUCAUUACCUAAGUUGGCCUCUCACUUCUUUUAUUUUCCCAACAAAACAAUGAUUAGUUUGAGAAUUGUUAUGAUUCUCUAUAUAGCUUGUAAUAAUUAGUCUUGAUUGUUCAUACUAAACCUGAGAAGUACUUUUUUUUUAAUCUUCA